AUGAAGAAGAAGCCAGCCAAUGGGAGGGGGCUGGAUCCUGCACUCCCCCAGCAGCGAUCCCGGGGCAUCAGCAAGCCAGCAGAGUAUGUGGGCUCCUUCGUGGUGGAGAACUUGGACCUGCAGCAGCAAGCGGGACGGCUGGAGGAGCAGCUGCGGGCGCUGAAGGACUGCCCCAGGAGGAGGUUGGUGGUGCUGAGGUUCAGCUUGCAGGGGCUGAAGGUCUACGGUGCUGAUGGGGAGACGCUGCUGAUGGCUCACGCUCUGCGCCGCAUCCUGUACAGCACCUGGCGCCACGCCGACCGCCAGUUCGCCUUCGUCGCCCGCAACCCCCGCAGCGCCCCCAGCAGCCUCUUCUGCCACCUCUUCGUGGGGCUCCCAGGCGAGGUCCAGACCCUGCACCACUUGCUCUGCCGCUCCUUCCAGCUCAGCUACCUCCUGGCCCACCCUGAGGAGCAAGCAGCUGAGGGGGACCCCCCGGGGCUGGGGGUGCUGCGGGAACCCCUCAACCCUGAGGAGGUGUCGCGCAACGUCAACGCCCUCGUCUCCUUCCGCCGCCUGCCCGCUGGCCUCGGCUCCUUGGGCACAGGGCACAUUUCCACACAGCACGUUCUCCAGGAGCGGCGACUGGAGGCAGAGGGCAGAGGCAGUGCCUGGCGCCCGGGGAACCCUUACUGCUCACCGGUCCUGGUGCGCAAGAAGGCCAUCCGCAGCAAAGUGCUGCGCUCGGGGGCCUACCGCGACUGCGGCGCCGACAGCCAGCUGCACCCCCGCGACACUGGUGAGUCAGGAUGUGAGAGCAAAGGGGCAAGGAGCUUGGCCUUCCUCCCUGAGAACGAGAGCGUCCUCGCCGAGAGCGUGUGGGCCUUCGCCGGCAUCGCCAGGGAUGUUGGCAUCGCGCUGCUGCGGCAGGACGUCCCUGGCGCCUUCCUGCUGCGCCCCGAGCCGGGGCUGGCCAAGCGCUGGUGCCUGUGGGUGCGGACACCCUGCGGCGUUGUGCCCUAUUGCCUCUUCAGGACACACCAGGGCAGGUUCUGCGUGGAGCACUCCAGCGCCGAGUUCUCCAGCGUGGCUGCUCUCCUGACGCACUACUCCGGGGCACCGGGAGGCUGCUUCUGCCGCCUGGCCCUCGGCCGCCGCAACCCCGGCUACGAGGAGCGGGAGCCCGGCGGUGAGGAGCAGGACCCCAGCGCCUGGGGAGAGGCUGCCUGGGCCCCUGCCAGCCCCAUUGGGGUGCAGCAUGAGCGGGGCUAG